AUGCUGAAGCCAUCCUCGGAAUUGGUGAUCAAGGCGUUGGAGGCAUCGGCAUAUCAGCAGCCAAGUCUGUCAUAUACACGUCGAUUAAUCGGUGGAAUAGACCCCCACAGGUCUCUCCCAGUAGUGCUCGAUGUCGGCACAGAUAACGAACAGCUAUUGAGCGACUCCCUCUAUGUCGUUGGCCACAUAAACGAGUUCGCGGAAAGGAAUAUGACGAGUUUAUUGACAAAUUCGUCGGGUUUGUCCGGAAACACUUCCCGAAUAGCCUACUUCAUUUCGAAGAUUUUGGCGUCACGAACGCCCAUUCCAUCCUUAAACGUUAUCGGGACGUCCAUUCGGUUUUCAGUGACGAUAUAUGAGUCGUUUCAACUCUCUGUCACUUACCUUUGA